AUGACGGUAGAAGCUUCCGAAGAAGGGUUUCUUAAGUGUCCUCCAGUGUCUCUGCCCACGUUCCUCCUUUCCAAACCGCCUCCCAAAAUGGAGAAGCUGGACGCCACUAUCCAUAUCACCAAUGACAGUAACACCAAUGACAGCAUCAUCAAUGACAGCAUCACCAAUGAGAGCAUCACCAAUGACAGUAACACCAAUGACAGCAUCACCAAUGACAACAUCACCAAUGACAGCAUCACCAAUGACAGCAUCACCAAUGACAGUAACACCAAUGACAGCAUCACCAAUGACAGUAUCACCAAUGACAGCAUCGCCAAUGACAGCAUCACCAAUGACAGUAUCAUCAAUGACAGCAUCACCAAUGACAGCAUCACCAAUGACAGUAUCACCAAUGACAGUAUCACCAAUGACAGUAUCAUCAAUGACAUUAACACCAAUGACAGCAUCACCAAUGACAGCAUUAGCAAUGACAGCAUCACCAAUGACAGUGUCACCAAUGACAGUAUCACCAAUGACAGUAUCACCAAUGACAGCAUCACCAAUGACAGUAUCAUCAAUGACAGCAUCACCAAUGACAGUAUCACCAAUGACAGCAUCACCAAUGACACCAUUAGCAAUGACAGCAUCAUCAAUGACAGUAUCACCAAUGACAGCAUCACCAAUGACAGCAUCACCAAUGACAGUAACACCAAUGACAGCAUCACCAAUAACAGCAUCACCAAUGACAGCAUCACCAAUGACAGAAUCACCAAUGACAGUGUCAUCAAUGACAACAUCACCAAUGACAGCAUCACCAAUGACAGCAUAACCAAUGACAGUAACACCAAUGACAGCAUCACCAAUGACAGUAUCACCAAUGACAGUAACACCAAUGACAGUAUCAUCAAUGACAGCAUCACCAAUGACAGCAUCACCAAUGACAGUAUCACCAAUGACAGCAUCACCAAUGACAGCAUUAGCAAUGACAGCGUCACCAAUGACAGCAUCAUCAAUGACAGUAACACCAAUGACAGUAUCACCAAUGACAGUAACACUAAUGACAGUGUCAUCAACGACAGUAUCACCAAUGACAGCAUCACCAAUGACAGCAUUAGCAAUGACAGCGUCACCAAUGACAGCAUCAUCAAUGACAGUAACACCAAUGACAGUAUCACCAAUGACAGUAACACUAAUGACAGUGUCAUCAACGACAGCAUCGCCAAUGACAGCAUCACCAAUGACAGUAUCAUCAAUGACAGCAUCACCAAUGACAGCAUCACCAAUGACAGUAUCACCAAUGACAGUAUCACCAAUGACAGUAUCAUCAAUGACAUUAACACCAAUGACAGCAUCACCAAUGACAGCAUUAGCAAUGACAGCAUCACCAAUGACAGUGUCACCAAUGACAGUAUCACCAAUGACAGUAUCACCAAUGACAGCAUCACCAAUGACAGUAUCAUCAAUGACAGCAUCACCAAUGACAGUAUCACCAAUGACAGCAUCACCAAUGACACCAUUAGCAAUGACAGCAUCAUCAAUGACAGUAUCACCAAUGACAGCAUCACCAAUGACAGCAUCACCAAUGACAGUAACACCAAUGACAGCAUCACCAAUAACAGCAUCACCGAUGACAGCAUCACCAAUGACAGAAUCACCAAUGACAGUGUCAUCAAUGACAACAUCACCAAUGACAGCAUCACCAAUGACAGCAUAACCAAUGACAGUAACACCAAUGACAGCAUCACCAAUGACAGUAUCACCAAUGACAGCAUCACCAAUGACAGUAUCAUCAAUGACAGCAUCACCAAUGACAGCAUCACCAAUGACAGUAUCACCAAUGACAGCAUCACCAAUGACAGCAUUAGCAAUGACAGCGUCACCAAUGACAGCAUCAUCAAUGACAGUAACACCAAUGACAGUAUGACCAAUGACAGUAACACUAAUGACAGUGUCAUCAACGACAGUAUCACCAAUGACAGCAUCACCAAUGACAGUAUAAUCAAUGACAUUAACACCAAUGACAGCAUCACCAAUGACAGCAUUAGCAAUGACAGCAUCACCAAUGACAGCGUCACCAAUGACAGUAUUACUAAUGACAGUAUCACUAAUGACAGCAUCACCAAUGACAGUAUCAUCAAUGACAGCAUUACCAAUGAGAGUAUCACCAAUGACAGCAUUAGCAAUGACAGUAUCAUCAAUGAACUUAACACCAAUGACAGCAUCAUCAAUGACAGUAUCACCAAUGACAACAUCACCAAUGACAGCAUCACCAAUGACAGCAUCACCAAUGACAGUAACUCCAAUGACAGCAUCACCAAUGACAGUAUCACCAAUGACAGCAUCACCAAUGACAACAUCACCAAUGACAGCAUCACCAAUGACAGCAUCACCAAUGACAGUAACACCAAUGACAGUAACACCAAUGACAACAUCACCAAUGACAGCAUCACCAAUGAGAGCAUCACCAAUGACAGUAACACCAAUGACAGCAUCACCAAUGACAACAUCACCAAUGACAGCAUCACCAAUGACAGCAUCACCAAUGACAGUAACACCAAUGACAGCAUCACCAAUGACAGUAUCACCAAUGACAGCAUCGCCAAUGACAGCAUCACCAAUGACAGUAUCAUCAAUGACAGCAUCACCAAUGACAGCAUCACCAAUGACAGUAUCACCAAUGACAGUAUCAUCAAUGACAUUAACACCAAUGACAGCAUCACCAAUGACAGCAUUAGCAAUGACAGCAUCACCAAUGACAGUGUCACCAAUGACAGUAUCACCAAUGACAGUAUCACCAAUGACAGCAUCACCAAUGACAGUAUCAUCAAUGACAGCAUCACCAAUGACAGUAUCACCAAUGACAGCAUCACCAAUGACACCAUUAGCAAUGACAGCAUCAUCAAUGACAGUAUCACCAAUGACAGCAUCACCAAUGACAGCAUCACCAAUGACAGUAACACCAAUGACAGCAUCACCAAUAACAGCAUCACCAAUGACAGCAUCACCAAUGACAGAAUCACCAAUGACAGUGUCAUCAAUGACAACAUCACCAAUGACAGCAUCACCAAUGACAGUAACACCAAUGACAGCAUCACCAAUGACAGUAUCACCAAUGACAGCAUCACCAAUGACAGUAUCAUCAAUGACAGCAUCACCAAUGACAGCAUCACCAAUGACAGUAUCACCAAUGACAGCAUCACCAAUGACAGCAUUAGCAAUGACAGCGUCAUCAAUGACAGCAUCAUCAAUGACAGUAACACCAAUGACAGUAUCACCAAUGACAGUAACACUAAUGACAGUGUCAUCAACGACAGUAUCACCAAUGACAGCAUCACCAAUGACAGUAUAAUCAAUGACAUUAACACCAAUGACAGCAUCACCAAUGACAGCAUUAGCAAUGACAGCAUCACCAAUGACAGCGUCACCAAUGACAGUAUUACUAAUGACAGUAUCACUAAUGACAGCAUCACCAAUGACAGUAUCAUCAAUGACAGCAUCACCAAUGAGAGUAUCACCAAUGACAGCAUUAGCAAUGACAGUAUCAUCAAUGAAAUUAACACCAAUGACAGCAUCAUCAAUGACAGUAUCACCAAUGACAACAUCACCAAUGACAGCAUCACCAAUGACAGCAUCACCAAUGACAGUAACUCCAAUGACAGCAUCACCAAUGACAGUAUCACCAAUGACAGCAUCACCAAUGACAACAUCACCAAUGACAGCAUCACCAAUGACAGCAUCACCAAUGACAGUAACACCAAUGACAGUAACACCAAUGACAACAUCACCAAUGACAGCAUCACCAAUGACAGUAUCAUCAAUGACAGCAUCACCAAUGACAGCAUCACCAAUGACAGUAUCACCAAUGACAGCAUCAUCAAUGACAGUAACACCAAUGACAGUAUCACCAAUGACAGUAACACCAAUGACAGCAUCACCAAUGACAGUAUCACCAAUGACAGUAACACCAAUGACAGCAUCACCAAUGACAGUAUCAUCAAUGACAGCAUCACCAAUGAGAGUAUCACCAAUGACAGCAUUAGCAAUGACAGUAUCAUCAAUGAAAUUAACACCAAUGACAGCAUCAUCAAUGACAGUAUCACCAAUGACAACAUCACCAAUGACAGCAUCACCAAUGACAGCAUCACCAAUGACAGUAACUCCAAUGACAGCAUCACCAAUGACAGUAUCACCAAUGACAGCAUCACCAAUGACAGCAUCACCAAUGACAACAUCACCAAUGACAGUAACACCAAUGACAGUAACACCAAUGACAACAUCACCAAUGACAGCAUCACCAAUGACAGCAUCAUCAAUGACAGCAUCACCAAUGACAGCAUCACCAAUGACAGUAUCACCAAUGACAGCAUCAUCAACGACAGUAACACCAAUGACAGUAUCACCAAUGACAGUAACACCAAUGACAGUGAUUAA